AUGAACGAGCAGUACUCAACUCUAUGUGCCAUCAUCUACAGCCCCGACGACUCCAAUCCCGACGUGUGGCCAUCAAAUGCCGGUGUGCAAAGCGUUGUUUCGCAAUUCCAGGCGUUGCCGGUGAUGGACCAACAGGAGAGAAUGAUGGACCAAGAGACUUUCCUCAGACGACGGAUAGCCAAAACGUCCGAGCAGUUGAAGAAAGAGAGUAAGGAGAGCAGGGAACGGGAGAUGACGGAAGUCAUGUUCCACUGUUUGCAAGGAGACAUGGGUAUGUUUGUUCUAAAUCUCUUGGAUCUGAAUGAUUUAGGUUAUCUGAUUGACCAAAAUCUGAAAGAUGUUAACCGGAGGAUCGAGGUUUUGGGGGAUUCUGGUAUGGAGAUCGGUGAAUCCUCCAAUGCGGCUGCGACUCUUUCUGAAGGGAUUGGAUAUUUUCUGUUCCUUUUGUUGAUGUUAUGA